AUAUUUGAGGACACGGUACGAGGUAUUGACAUCAUUAAGUGGAUGGAGCGCUACCUAGGUGAUAAGACGGUGAUGAUAAUCAUAGCAAUCAGUCCGAAGUACAAACAGGAUGUGGAAGGGGCUGAAUCCCAGCUGGACAGGGAUGAACACGGCUUACAUACUAAAUACAUCCACAGGAUGAUGCAGAUCGAGUUUAUACAACAAGGAAGUAUGAACUUCAGAUUCAUCCCUGUGCUGUUUCCAAAUGCCAAAAAGGAACACGUGCCCACCUGGCUGCAGAACACUCACAUUUAUAACUGGCCAAAGAAUAAGAAGAACAUCCUUUUGCGGUUACUGAGGGAGGAGGAAUACGUUGCUCCUCCGAUAGGACCUUUACCAACACUCCAGGUUGUGCCGUUAUGAACAUUAUUACUUAAAGUGCAGGACAGGCAGUUGUUAAAGGGUUGUUCUUGGCAGGGAGCCGAUGCUCUUCCAGAUGGCUCUUUUUGAUGACAGAAGACACUCUCUCUGCUAAAGGAAUUGGUCGUCUUGGGUAACUCAGGCUCGGCUUGUUCUCUACCACGUUAAACACCUACUUCUGAAGCUGAUGAGGCAGAACUCUUUUUCUCCAGAUUUCUAAAUAAGCUGCAAAUUGAAAGAAUGUCCAGUUUUAUUUUAACAUCUGUUUUUAACAUUUUCCUUUAUUAGUUGAUAUAGCAAACAAAUACCAGAAAUAAUGUUGC